AUGAAAUACAAAUCCCCCAAAGUAGAGGAAUACCCAGAAACCGACGAAAGCACCGCCGCUUUCAAACGCAAACGCAACGACCGCGAUCUCGAGUAUCUCUCUACCACGAAAAGACAAGCCGCGGAGAGUAAGGACCAAGCAGGGGAAGAGGAUCAGCCGCCUGCCAAAGCAGCGAAACAGGCUCCAGCGGCAGCACCCACAGCCGAGGAGGACGAUUUCGACGAAGAAGACGAGACGGGUGAGUUCGAUGAGAACGAUGCAGAUGCAGUAGGAGACGAGGAAGAGGAAGAGGAAGUCGAUGAGGUGGACCAAGACGAAGACGUCGAACCUGAUGAGCAGGAGAAUGACGAAGAACGAGACGAGGAAGGGGAAGAAGAAGGGGAGGGAGAAGAGGAGGAAGAGGCAACGGACAAGCAACACCCCAAAGUACAAAAAGCCAUCGAUCAGCUGGGACGAACACCCCUUGACGGCACAUCUAUAGCCAAAGAACCCCUCACGGCGUCUGCGGAAACGGUCCUCGCGAUGGUCAUCGAUGCUAUGUUGAAGUCACGGCCGAUCUCACAUGAUCUAUCGCAGCGGGCCAUCAACAAGCUCAUCGAGGUUGGGUAUCACGAUAUCCACAAGCUAGGGGAGAGUAGCUGGGAAGAGAGAACGGCGGUGCUGAGGGACGGGGGAUACAAUCGGUACAGGGAGCAGGGGGCGACGAAUCUUGGGGAUUUGGCACAUUUCGUGGAUGAACGAUAUGAUGGAGACUUGAACAACCUCUGGGAAGAGGCACAUCAUGACCGAGCCAAAACGCGCGAGUUGAUCAAGGAGAUCAAAGGACUGGGCGAUCUUGGAGUCGAACUCUUCUUCAACAAUGUCCAGAGCGUAUGGCCUUCCAUUGCCCCGUUCGUCGACACACGAAGCCUGAAAACGGCCGAUCAGGUGGGACUCGGCACGGAUUUGGAUGCUAUCUACACGGAGCUGGAGAAGGACUCGGUGAAGAUGAGCCGACUAGCCAACGGGUUGUCCGUUGCGAGAUUGGAGAAGAGACAGGGGGAGCUGUUGGUGUAA